GGACACUCCAGGUGCACGUUGCGCCGUGUUCUACCUCACACGGGCUAGCAUGACACCGGUGUCACUCUGUGUCUGCAGCUGUUAGCACAUGAGGUAGCAGAGAUGGGAGGCAGAAAACACCAGCUAACUUCCCUUGUAAGUGUUCUAAAACAAAGAAGUUUUACCACACAAAUGCCAAGGAAAGUGAAGUGCGUCUAGUUGUAGUUUUAACCCACCAGGAUGCCCCUUUGCUGUCUUUGCUAAGAUUUAAUAAACACCAGAAAAGUUGCCUGCUACACACCCAGCUGUAUUGCUAGGAGCGAUCACCAUAGGGGUAGGAGGAUGUGGCAGACGUACAAAGCAAUUCUAUCUCAGGGCAUCUUUAGAGUCCCAUCCAUUAAAUCACUCGUGUUGGAAGAAUCUGUCGCCCUCAGCAUUGGUCGUGGUAGGGACAGAGCGGGGACAAGUACAUGGGAAGAAUGGACAAUUAGGUGUGGGGGUGGGGGGGUGUCUGUUUUUCUGUGAUUGACAGUCCUAGGUCCUCCCCCUGCCUCCAUUCCUCUUCUCCCCUGCCUGCUGCAGGGCACUCCGAGGAAAGCAACUUUGACCGUAGUUUAACCACCGGCCAGCGAAGCUUUCAAUGAACCGGAGCAACGGAGCCAUGUGAAGUGCUCCCACUUGCAGAGGAACAGCAUGCGCACAGGGCUUGUUGUUCUGGUUGCUUUCUGCCUAGCUGUGGAACUGGUGCUUGGGGGUGGGAAGAAAUCCUAUAACGGACCAUGUGGGGGUCGAGAUUGCAGCGCGGGCUGCAAAUGUUUUCCAGAAAAAGGUGCUCGGGGUCGACCGGGACCUAUUGGGAACCAAGGACCUAUAGGUGCUCCAGGAUUUAUGGGGCAAGAAGGUUUGGCAGGGGCAAAAGGUGAGAGAGGCGCAGUGGGCUCUCCAGGAUCUGCUGGACUGAAAGGAGAUAAGGGUCCAAUGGGAGUUCCUGGAUUUCAAGGCAUCAAUGGGAUUCCGGGCCACCCUGCCAGCAGGCCAAGGUUUUCCUGCCUGAUGGCUGCAAUGGUUCUAUUGGGAGUCCUGGUGUUUCAUGGUUGGAUGGAUUUCCUGUACACCGGGGCAGGUCGCUUUGGUCCAAAGGUCCAAGGAGAACGCCGUUAUGCUGAAGGCGCUAAAGGAAGUAAGGGUGACAGUGGUCUUCCUGGAUUGGAUGGGAUUUCUGGUCCAAAAGGUUUCCCUGGCCCAGCAGGUUCCGUGGGUCCUAUAGGAUUGCCAGGUUUGCAGGGGCCACCUGGUGCAGUGGGGCCACAAGGACCAAAAGGUAAUAUGGGAUUAGGUUUCCAAGGAGAGAAAGGUGAAAAGGGAGAUGUCGGGCCAGCUGGCCCUGCAGGUCCCCCACCAUCCACUGGGAUACUAGAGUUCAUGGGAUUUCCAAAAGGGAAACCAGGAGUAAAGGGUGAGCCAGGCCCUAAAGGAUUCCCUGGGAGUAAAGGAUUACCUGGCCUUCUGGGCAUUGGGGGUAUUGGAGAAAAAGGAGAAAAGGGGAUCCCUGGCUUACCAGGUGGCAGGGGAUUUCUGGGAUUGGAUGGAUCUGAUGGGAUUCCAGGGAGAAAGGGUCAGUUUGGUUUCCCAGGUUUUCCUGGGCUGGAUGGAGUGCAAGGAAUGAAGGGUGAAUUAGGUGAAAUGGGUCCUCCAGGCCCUCUUAUUUCUCUUGAUGGAGAAGACAGACUGGUCUCAGGUGUACCAGGAGAUCCUGGAACUCCAGGGACUCCAGGCCCUCGAGGAGAUGAAGGGAUUGCCGGUUCACCAGGCCUUCCUGGCACUCCAGGUCUCUCAGCUCUUGUUCAAGGGCCACCAGGUCCCAUGGGAUUUCCAGGUAUUCCAGGUACUACUGGUGAACCAGGAGACCAAGGGAGAGCAACAAUUGGAUUACCAGGCACUCCGGGAAUAAAUGGUUUACUGGGUAUGCCAGGACCUCCAGGACUGCCUGGUCCAUCACCUGAAGAAAUCCUCAAUGGAGAACCUGGGGAACCAGGAAGACCUGGACAACGGGGGACACCAGGAGUUUUGGGACUAAAGGGGACCAAAGGGGAUCCAGGUGAUUGUGCUUGUGAUGGAGGAGCCACUAGAGCUGGACCUAAAGGUGCACCAGGCCCUCUGGGUCCACCAGGAAGUCCUGGUGAACCUGGGUUUAAGGGUUCCAGUGGAGAUCCAGGCACUGUGGGUGCACAAGGGCCGCAAGGGCCUCCAGCUUUACCUGGUCAACCAGGUUCUCCAGGCCUUAAAGGAGAAAAAGGGAAUCCAUCUUUUGCAAGAGGCAGAGGUCUCCAGGGGGAUCCUGGUGCAAUAGGAGCCAGAGGGCCUUCUGGUAUCCCAGGAACUCCUGGCAGAGAUGGAUUCCCAGGUUUACCAGGCCGGCCAGGUCCUCCGGGUGAUGGUGGACUAGGCUUUCCAGGCGAAAAAGGCCUGCCAGGAUUACCUGGCUCCAAGGGCCGGCGUGGGGAGAGUGGUCUUCCUGGCAUUGGUUUCCCAGGUCCUAGCGGAGUUCGUGGCCCUGCAGGUGACCCAGGAAUGGAUGGUUUUCCAGGACAACCAGGUCUUCCAGGACCUUCAGGGAUCACCUUGCCCUGUGAAGUUCCUGGAGCAUUUGGUGCACCUGGGCCUCCAGGCAUGCCAGGAUUUCCAGGUCCCAAGGGCAGCCUCGGGUUUCCAGGCAUUCCAGGUCAACCUGGAUUAAGUGGGUCAAAAGGACAACCAGGUAUUCCAGGAUCAGUGGGAUUGCCAGGAGCACCAGGCUUUCCUGGGCCUCGUGGAGAACUGGGACCACAAGGGCUUCCAGGACUUGAUGGAGCAGAUGGUUUCCCUGGAAAGAUGGGAGCUCCUGGCUUGUCAGGGGCAAAAGGCGCUCCUGGAGGAGUGUUUGGUGCUGAAAGAGGAGUCCUGGGUGAGCCUGGCAGACCUGGAUUCAGAGGAGAUAAAGGGCUUCCUGGAGAACCUGGAUUUCCUGGACAGGAGGGUGUUGACGGAAGGCCUGGCUCACCAGGUUUUAAAGGCCAACAGGGUAAUCCAGGACUCCCAGGUAUUCUUGGAUUGCGAGGACCUCCUGGUCCUGGAGGUCCGUUUGGCAUUAAAGGCGAACCAGGUCCCAGGGGAGCAGUUGGCUUCUCAGGAUCACCAGGACUUCCUGGAGUCAAAGGACGAACAGGCGAUGCAGGUCCAGCGGGCCCUGCUGGUAUGAAAGGCUUCCCAGGCCUAGAAGGUUUUCCAGGACCACCUGGGGACAGAGGAUUCCUAGGGUCACCUGGGCCUUUGGGUAGAGAUGGACGUCCAGGUUUCUCUGGAGCAAAAGGUGAAAAGGGUCCUCCUGGGUUGAUUGGCUUUCCUGGCCUGCCAGGCCUGCCUGGUAUCCCUGGGGUGAGUGGGCUGAAAGGACUUCCUGGGUCAGCUGGAAGGGAAGGAAAUAUUGGAUAUUCUGGACCCACUGGUCUAAAAGGUGACAGAGGAGAUCGAGGUCCUCCUGGACUCCCAGUUCUUAGGCCUCCAGAAUUGGCAUUGGCAUUGAAGGGAGACAAAGGUGAUCCUGGGUCAGCUGGACUGAGAGGAUUCCCUGGACCUAGAGGUGAGAAAGGAUUCCCUGGAACCCGUGGACAACCUGGUCUUCCUGGUUCCCGAGGUUUGCCAGCCACAGAUAGAGGACUACCUGGUGAUGCAGGGUUCCCAGGCCUGCCUGGACCGCCUGGCUUGCCGGGACAGAAAGGACUGGCUGGAAUCAUAGGAUUACCCGGAUUUCCAGGAGAAAGUGGUUCAGAAGGUAUCUCGGGAGCACCAGGGUUUCCAGGGACUGGUGGUUUCCCUGGUCCAAAGGGUGACCCAGGGGAAUCACUUGGAAUUUCUGGUGGGUUAGGAAAUAAGGGAGAACGAGGGGACCGUGGAUUCCCAGGUGAGAGGGGAAAAGAUGGGCCAAAGGGUGAACCAGGAUACCCAGGAAACACUGGCAUGGAUAGGCCUAAAGGUAUCCCAGGUGACCUGGGCCGAGAAGGACCACCAGGCCUCCCUGGAAUUGCUGGGUUGCGAGGAAAUGCAGGUCUUCCAGGUUCUCCAGGGCAGCCUGGACCUGUAGGAUUCAUCGGGCUCCCUGGGAGAGCAGGGCCAAAAGGAUUCCCUGGAUUUCCUGGUUUAAAUGGUCUGAAUGGCUUGCAGGGCACAAAAGGGUCACCUGGAACACCAGGUCUGAGUGAAGUUGGACUGAACGGCCCUGCAGGGCUUCCAGGUCCUAAGGGUGAAGAAGGUUCCCCGGGCAUUGGCCUAGGAGCCCCAGGACUCCCUGGGCAGAAAGGAUCAUCAGGAGACACGGGUCCUCCAGGUUCUUUGGGUCUGCCUGGUUUACCAGGGCUUCCUGGCAUCUCUCUUCUUUCAAAUAUACCUGGGAGACACGGUGAUCCUGGCCGUCCUGGAGUGGAUGGGAAUCCAGGUCCCCCAGGUCCUCCAGGUCCUCAAGGGCUCUCUGGCCCAGCCUCCAAUCAAGGUGAUACUGGCCUUCCAGGUCGCCCUGGAGUUCCUGGUUUGCCAGGCAUAAACGGUGACAUGGGACUCCCCGGUCCACCUGGAAUUCCAGGAGCAUCAGGACUCAAAGGUGUAAAGGCUGAGCCAGGCUUUAUGGGGAUGCCAGGUAAAGAUGGGCUUCCAGGGGACCCUGGAAUUCCUGGGCUGAAAGGUGAAACUGGUAGCCGAGGUUUCUCGGGCCCACCAGGCGCUCCAGGCCUAGUACCAAAACCAGAAGAAGUCAUAGUUCCUCCAGGGCUACCUGGUCUGCCAGGAAUUGAUGGUGUCCCUGGCUAUGCUGGAGAUCGUGGAUUUCAGGGACCAGAUGGACAGCAAGGUCCAAAAGGUCUGUCAGGCAGAUCAGGUCAGGUGGGACAUCCUGGUUUACCGGGGCCAGAUGGCGCAGUGGGGGAUCCAGGAACCCCAGGUAUUCCAGGACCACCAGGAUUGGAAGGUGUCUCUGGAAAGCCAGGCCCAUUUGGUUUGCCUGGAAUGCCAGGUCGCGGUGUAGGCGUUGGAUACACUUUGGUGAAGCACAGCCAGUCAGAGCAGAUUCCGCCAUGCCCAAUUGGAAUGAAUAAGCUCUGGGAGGGGUACAGCUUGCUGUAUGUGGAGGGGCAGGAAAAGGCGCACAACCAGGAUCUCGGUUUUGCUGGCUCCUGCUUGCCUCGCUUCAGCACCAUGCCAUUUAUUUACUGCAACAUCUAUGAGGUGUGCUACUAUGCCAGCCGAAAUGACAAAUCCUACUGGCUCUCCACCACUGCUCCCAUCCCCAUGAUGCCAGUGAGCCGUCUGGAGAUCCCACCUUACAUCAGCCGUUGCUCGGUGUGUGAAGCACCUUCCCAGGCUAUUGCAGUACAUAGCCAGGACAUUACCAUCCCACAGUGCCCUGAGGGCUGGCGCAGCCUAUGGAUUGGAUACUCUUUCCUAAUGCACACUGCAGCUGGCGCAGAAGGCGGAGGUCAGUCCCUUGUCUCACCCGGCUCUUGCCUUGAGGAUUUCCGUGCCACUCCUUUCAUUGAAUGCAAUGGUGCCAGAGGAACCUGCCAUUACUUCGCAAACAAAUACAGCUUCUGGCUGACGACAGUCGAACGCACGCAGCAGUUUGUCAGUGCUCCUCAGUCAGAAACUCUGAAAGCAGGACAGCUCCGAACACGAGUCAGCCGUUGCCAAGUGUGCAUGAAGAACUUGUAGCAAAAACAACCCAAACAAAUAAAACUUUGCUACCUAACAGUUUAAAACUCAAUCACUUGAAGAAGAAACAUAAACACAAGCCCAUUCUGCUGGUGGUUUGUGGAUAAGUUACAACAGCCAGAACACUGCUGAAAUUAUGUUUUAGAUCCAUCAGAAAUGUGACUUCACACAGAAAGAAGGAGAGACAGACUAAUGCUCUGAAACCUCUGACUGUUUUGUGGAACAUGGUGCUACACUUUUGCUUCUCUGUUCGUUCUCUUAUUCAUGGCUACCUCAGAAAGUCUCUGUGCCUUUCUCAUUCAGAUUGCAGAGUGACAAGCAUUCCGUAUUAUAUUGCCCAUUCCUUUUAUGCACUCAUCUCUAGCCAAUGAUAGAUUUUCUUAAAUAAGUUGGUGCUUCACUGAUGAGUGGUCUUUGCACAAAGUAUUUGGCAUGGCCUAGGGGAAUAAGCCUUGAUUAGAUGAGAAAAUAUGUAAUGAAGUGGAUUUUCAAUAGGAAAGGAACUUAACUCUAAACUAAUUAAAACAAAUCACUGCAGCAGGUGCUCAGAGUAUUAAGCAUUCAAGACUGAAAACUGGCUUACCUGGGAAGUUCUUACUUAAAGAUGAGCUCAUUUUGUUUUGCUUUUUAAACUAGUUGGCAAAAUCUUUGGUUUCAGUGAUGCACAAGCAACUUGGAGCCAAAUUCAGACCAGCUGAAACUGAUUUCCCCAGUGAAAAAUGUGGAUUUCUACUUGAACUUAAAGCCAUUUUCAUUAUUCAGCACAGCUUUCUCUCUAUUGAAAUGUGUUCUGUGUAAGGACACGGUUCAAGGUUUGUCGUUAUCCUUUUGCACUCUAGCAAUUUGUGACCUCCAGAAUAAUUUCAUUAGUACGUACUGUGGCAGAGCUCCGACUUUGUCUCCGUGGGUCCUGUGCUUCCAGGCAGUUUAUGCCAGCUUCAGAGGCUCACUGCAACCCUCCACGUAGCCCUUCUCUCUCUAGGGCCAGGGUUACAGUCAACUAAG